CGACGAAAUUCUGACCGACGUCGAUGUUUUCAUGGCACUUUUAUAAAUAAACUAAAUCUAUUUUAGAAAAAAAGCUUAUACAACAAACCAUGACCGCACAUUAAGACAUUUGGUUAUAGUGAUAAAAGAAGACUUUAAUAAAUAAAUAUGUUCUGUAAAACUAUUAAACCAUCAAUGGUUUUGAUAUUUAUUAUUUUAUAGUUUGUCCCUAAACAUAAAAAGUGUUAUGUGUGAAAGAAUUGACGAUGUUCUGAGAUAACAAAUAGUUAUAACGUGCACGAUGCGUGUAAAUUUACGUAAAUUUAUUAUAUUUUUCGGUUGUUUCAUAUUACUAUGGGUGGUUGUGUCGUUUUCAUCUUCAUACGUUCCCGUUUACAAAUCGAGGAACAGCGUUACAGAAUUAGAAGUAGAAAUAGAUAGAUUGGAAAGUAAAAUGCAGAGUCAGCUGAGUGAUACGUAUGACUUACUGCAAAAAGUUAAAACACAUUUAAAAAAGACUGAAGAGAAAUUAAGUGAGAGCGAAGAGUCUGCUGUGAAUAAAGUAGAUAUUAUCCAGAAUACUAGACAACCACUAUUGCCAAUACUAGUGAUCGCCUGCGACAGGGUCACCGUGAAGAGAUGUUUAGACAAUUUAGUUAAAUUCAGGCCAAAUAAAGAUAUCUUCCCAAUUAUAGUUAGUCAGGACUGCGGUCACAAUGAAACGUACAAAGUCAUCAAAUCAUACACAGAUAGUGAUCCUAGUAUAACAGUGGUGCGUCAGCCGGAUCUGUCGGAGAUACCUCUGCCGCGUCAGAAAGUUAAAUUCAAGGGUUACUACAAGAUAGCCAGACACUACCGAUUCGCUUUGAAUCAUGUUUUCGUCGAAAUGGAUCAUGAGGCUGUGAUUAUUGUAGAAGAUGAUCUGGACAUUUCACCGGAUUUUUUCGAGUACUUCCUGGGAACAUAUCCUCUACUUUUCCAAGAUCCUAGUAUUUGGUGUAUAUCCGCAUGGAACGACAACGGUAAGAAGGCACUCAUCGACCUAUCAAGACCUGAACUUCUUCAUAGGACAGAUUUCUUUCCGGGCCUAGGCUGGCUCCUUAGGAAGGAUACCUGGCUUCAAUUAGAACCUAAGUGGCCAGAAGCAUUUUUCGACGACUGGCUCCGUAAUCCAGAAAAUACGGACGGCCGAGCGUGUAUACGACCGGAAAUAUCAAGAACAUAUAGUUUUGGGAAGGUAGGCGUCAGUAAAGGACUGUUCUUUGACAUGCAUUUGAGGUAUAUGCAACUUAACAUGGAAUUUGUGGAGUUUACAAAACUGAAUCUAACAUAUUUGAUAAAGGAUACAUACGACAAGACACUGACAUCUCUAGUGUACAGUCUACCGGAAAUGUCCGCAGAGGAAGCCAUGUCUGGGUCGGGAACGGAACCCGCAGUCAGGGUGUCAUAUUCCACCGCUAAGACUUACCAACGAGCUGCCAAGAAGUUGGGGCUUAUGGAUGAUUUUAGGAGUGGUAUCCCCAGGACAGCAUAUCGAGGCAUAGUGUCGUGUUUUAUAAAGGACCGACGAGUCUACCUCGCUCCGAGCUACACGUGGACCAAAUACGACCCGAGUUGGGGAUAAUGGAGGAUAUAAACAUUUUUCUAUGCAUUUAUUAAAAAAGUUAGCAAAAUUAAAUACUAUCCACAUGAGAUUGUUUUGUUUACUUUUUCUGUGUAUAAAAAAAAAAGACCCGAAUUGGAGAUAUUGAACGAUAUAAGAACUUUUUGCUAUGUAUUUAUUUAAAAAAAAAUAAUUAAAAACUACCCUCGAAUGAGA